GUACGAAGAAUCAGAGGUGAUGAAUCGCCGCGCAUUAGAGGGGUACGAAAAACGUUUUGGAUCGGACCACCCUAAUACUUUGAUAACUCUCAACAACCUGGCUCUGGUGCUGCGGAGGCAAGGGAAGUACGAAGAAUCAGAGGCCAUGAACCGCUAUGCAAUUGAGGGGUACGAGAAACGAUUUGGAUCAGACCACCCUGAUACUUUGAUGGCUGUCAACAACCUGGCUAUGGUACUGUGGGACCAAGGGAGGUAUGAAGAAGCCGAGGUGAUGAAUCGCCGCGCACUGGAGGGGUACAAGAAACGUUUUGGAUCGGAUCACCCCAAUACUUUAUCGGCUGUCAACAACCUGUCGGUGCUGUUGCUGGGGCGCGGAAAGCCCAUAGAAUCGGAGAUACUGUCCCGACGUGUGCUAGAAGGUAGAGAGAAAGCCUUGGGCACAGACCACCCUAGUGUACUGUCGACUAUUGACAACCUAGCUCAAGCACUUGAAGUCCAGGGAAAGUAUUCCGAGACGCAAAAACCACUUCAACGCGCCCUGGCAACUCACGAAAGUACACUCGGUUCAGAGCACCUAAAUGUCUGUAAAACCCUCGAGCGCCUGGCUUGCCUAUAUGAAAAACAGGAGCGGUAUUCUCAAGCUGAAGAGGCUUACGAGCAGGCCUACAAGGGAUUCUCUAGGGCCCUCGGG